UUGAUAUGUUUGAUUUGGUGUGAAUGCAUAACGAUUGAUCUACGUCAAAGUGUGGGCUACUAUAACGAAGACAGAUAGAGAUUUUGUUGAGAUAAGAUAGGGAUGAAAUGGGAGUAUUAUAAUAUGGUAUAUAAGGAAAGUCGUGUUGAAGAUUGUAUAAUGACACUACAAGUAUGGUGAGGUGGUUGUAAUUUAUGAGAACAUCUUUAAGUGUCGUCUGAUUGUAUUAUGUGUAACAGCUUAGCUUCUUAUGACCCGGAGGAGCCGACACUUGAAAACAACAAGUUGCUGCUGUAAUCUUUGACACAAAAAACUGAAACUGCACACCCCACGGUCAGCUGAAUUAUGGAAGUUAUGAACCAAGGGAAGCAAGAGCCAAGCUUAGAACCGGUGCCGGUUCUUCCAAGACUCAAUCGCCUUGAUCGCCUGCUACAACUUCUGGAAGAGAAGCACGGCCUGUCAGGAACACAUGUCACUGGUUCUGUUAUCAGCGAAACAGAAAAAUUAGAAGAAGAUAGCCACAGAAAACCUCUAUCCUCUGCUCUUGAGGAAGUUCGUCAAAAAGGCACGCUUAUGGAUCGUCUUGCGAUACUCGAAAAUCGAGUUUUACAGCUGAGCUUAGCUAUGGAUGAGAGGAACUCGUCAAGAUCAAGCUCAUCAACCACGGCUCAAAUUGUUUCCGAGAUUUCAGAUGCACAAAUUGUUGCAGAUCAGGAAAAAGGUGAAGCUGUAACUUGUCUUGAACAACAAGACUCUCUUCAAACUAAGCAGCGAACAGGCGGAGGGGCAAGGAAAAAGAUGCGAUCAACAAGUAGGAAAAUCAGAGGGUUGUUUAGUAUGGGUUGUUCCUCCUAAUAUAUACUCUAUGCAUCAUUGCAUUCUCUCUGUAUAUCAUCAGUGUGUUAUGAUAUUUCCUUUCGAUA